GUGAAUUCAAAAAAAAUGUUGAAGUUUCGUGCAGACCGGAGAGUGAGUCACUAUGACCGACGGCAGCCUGUGACCUCUUUCAUCUCUGACGAAGCCUUGAAAUUACAGCUGCAACAACAUUCCAGCCCGGACAUGAGCUGCAAGCCCAGUGCAAAGCGUCCUGUGAACACUGCCAGUGAAGCUGUGGUCGGGAAUGGCAUGGUAUCAGAGCUGUCAACAGAGAAGCAGCCGUCACGCUCCUCCAGGAAAGCUGCCACAUUUGGGAAGCGUUCCAAUUCAAUGAGGAGGAACCCCAAAGCUGAGGUCAACAAACAGGGCUGGCUUUAUAAGCAGGCUAGUAGUGGAGUUAAGCAGUGGAGCAAGCGCUGGUUUGUCUUAACGGAUCGCUGUCUCUUUUACUACAAAGAUGAGAAGGAGGAAGUUGUUUUGGGAAGCAUACCUCUGCUGAGUUUUCGAAUUUCUACAGUUCAGUCUUCAGACAACAUCACCCGGAAACACGCUUUUAAGGCUGAACACGCGGGGACUCGGACUUACUACUUCAGUGCAGACAGUCGAGAGGAGCUGGAGUCCUGGGUGCAGGCAAUGAGUGACGCCGCUCGGGUCCAUAUCCCACCAGCCCAGAGAAACAACACCGAGAACAUCCCACCUGCAGACCUUAACCACAUAUCUGCAGGGAAAGGCACUGCCGUCAGACAGAGAGGAGAGGGGGACGGCCGAGGAGAAGAGGCAAAGGACACCAACAAGCAAGAGGUCAAUGGGCUACCUAAUAUGGAGGCAGGAGCUCCAACUACACCAAUGACACCUGAUCCCAAUGGUAGAGCAGGAGAGACUGGAUCAUCCCAUCCAAAUGGAUGGGUGAGCUAUGGUGCACCUGGUUCCGCUUUCCGUCCCAAAGAAACCCGAGAAAAUGCAGUUCUCCGUCGUGGGUUUGUGCCACGAACUCAACCAGAGAGACUAGCCCAAAGGAAAAGUUCCAUGACACAACUGCAGCAGUGGGUGAAUCUUCGUAGGGGUCGGCCAACACAAGAAGAUAUGCAAAGCCCCACACACUACUAUGCUCCUGCGAUGCCCAGAGGUGGUGCGGACUACUAUGAUGUUUAUGGACCGCAGUAUGUGGAGGAUUAUGGGAUGUAUCCACCUGGAGCACGUCCUGACAGCUUCUGUUCCGUUCCUGGAGCAUAUGAGAGGAUACCACCGCAGUGGGUUUCAGAAGAGAAACAACGGGCAAUGUAUCCGCAAGAUCGUUCGCGGGACAUGGUUGGAAGAGGAGGUGGAGGCUACCAGUGGACUGGCCAUGUGCCCAGCACUCAGCAGUCACUGUACUAUGCACAGAAUUCCUUACGCCGGCUUACUUUGCAGCCUCGUUCUCGCUCUGUCCCUCGUCGCGCCUCACAGGGACCGUAUGCUGCUGGCUCUCGUGCCUUUUCUCCAGUGCGGUCUCCUAGUGCUCGAUUUGAACGCCACCAUGACAAUAUGGUAUAUGCUGAGCCUGUAUACUCCAUGAGAAGGUCCAUCAGCUCCCCAAAGCACGAUUACCCGGGAGAGAGGCGGUCGAUGUCGCCAGGACUGUACCAUUACAACUACCCUGCCUCUCCCACCCUUCAAGAAAAAAUGGAGGACAUUUUAGACCUACAACUGCAGAGGAAUCUCGAGUACUUGGACCGACAGGUAACUGAAGGGGACCGGCUCAUCAGUGUUGUACAGAGACUUGUUGAGAACUCUUCACCUCGAGCGCAGCUCUACACACAAGUGUCGCCAUUCCAUGACAACUACAGAGAUAUUUCACCCGUCUACAGGAGUAACGACCUUGACGUAGAUAAACUUCUGGGCCAACUGUGUGAGCAGAACAGGGUGCUGAAGGACCAGGAACUUACUGUGCAGCGGCUGAGAGUUGACAAAGAUGGCUUGGAGGGGGCUCUGGGUGCCAUGCACCAAGAAAUGGAGCUCUACCGAGGUCAGGGCUCUUCCAUUGAAAAGCUGUUGCAAAAGAAAGAGUCUUUGCAGAACCAACUGAUAAACAUCAGGGGGGAGCUGUCACAAGCAACAAAUGUGAUGGCUGCAACAAGGGUGGAGUUUGAGGCCCUGGAAGAUGAAGUCCUCUCUGUACACCGCUACCUGCACGAGCAGCUGCUUCUGGGCAAUCAGAGUGAACACAUGCAUCGGCAAAUUCAGAAGGAACUUUGGAGAAUUCAAGAUGUCUUGGAGGGACUUCACAAAAACAACCCAUCACGAGGGACCAAUACUGCCAAACAAAGAGUGACAAGUGGACCAUCAGGAUCAUUCAGUACUAACAGCCCAGCCAGUCCCCUUAGCUCUGUUAGCCUCACAAGUCCCUUAAGCCCCUUUUCUCCAGCUUCAGGUUCACAAGGCUCUCCCAGUAAACACGUCAUAGAGCAGAAGUUCACCUUCCAGUCAGAAAGUUCCACUGCAGCAAACUCUCACCAAGCAGAACACGUGGAAACAGACUCUGACCGCCAAAAUAAAGUUGGUGUUGUGCCCCCAAGGACCAAAUCUCCAGCUGAAGAAAAUUGCAGUUCUCCGGCCCUGGUCACCUGUAGAAACUCUGAUCGAAAACUGCCAAAUGGACAUCUUUCUAGGGAACGACCAAAGAGUGCAGUUUUCCCAGCUGAAAUCAAGUCCAAGAUGAGCGUGGAAGAGCAGAUUGAGAGGAUCAAACGCAACCAGAGCGCCUCCAUGCGAGAAAAGCGACGCAGUCUUCAGCUCACCAGCUCUCAACAGAUUGACGGCAUCAAGCCAGCUGUCAACUACCGAGUGGUACGCCGAAGGUUGACUGCUCAUGAGGUAGACAUCAAGGAUUUGGAGGCAGCAGUUCGUGGGGAAGGGAUUGAGUCACCUCGUGAAGAAAUUGCUCGGUUACGGCGCUUGGAUGUUGAGCCAGAAAAUUACAGUCUUGACAUUGGCCGUGAGUUGUCAACACCAGAAAAAGUUUUGAUACCUGAACGCUAUUUAGAGGCAGAGCCCGAGGCUCAGCUUAGCCCUGAUGAACUCCGGGAAAAGAAGAAAAAGGUUGAAAGAAUCAAGACACUAAUUGCUAAAUCCACAUUGCAGAACAUUGUGCCCUUGCUUGACGGCCCAGCAGAUGGACAGGUGGACACAGAGCAGCAGCUGCAGGAGCAGGAAAAGCGAAUUGAGAUUUCAUGUGCAUUGGCUGCAGAAGCAUCCCGGCGUAGCCGCCUGCUCUCAGCUCAAGCACUGGCAGCUGUCAAGUUCCAUGGAGCAACAUUCUAAAACUUUAAAGAGGAAAUGAACGCUGUUCCUCAAGAGUUUAUUUUUCCAUUCCAUUGCUUUAUUGGCUGAAAAAAAAAGUGCCAGAGACACUACUUGUCUAAGCUACUGACCAAGGAGCCACUGGACUCUUUCACAUUAACCCCACAAACGAGUGUCAGCAGCUAGUGUGACUCAAACUGGGAGGUCGCCACUCACUAGCUGCUCAAAAUAGCACCAAGGGGAUCCAAGCAGACUGGAGGUACAAGUAGUAAGUGUCAAGGAUGUAUGAACACUGCACGUCAAAUACAGGUGCAGAACCAUGAGACACAUGGGAUGCAUUUUUGCCAAAAGAAGUAAUUAUUGGGAUGACAAAAUGUGACAUAAAUAACACGGUCCAAUGCAGGAGACAACCUGAAGUGCACCGUCUGAAUUCCAGCUCAGAGAAUGCACAGUCCUGUGCUUUUUAAACACCCAAAUACAAGUCAGUGUUUGUGCAGCAAAUUCACUUUCCUGGUCCUAAAAAACCAAAGUCACCCAGAAACAAAAACACAAGGGAUUAAGCAUUUGUAGCUACACUUGCUGAGCAGAGAAGGGAUUACGUACUCCUUCAACAAGCUGGACAGCCUUGCUGCCAGGAUGACCCAGCAGAGUCAAUUGUCUCACUCUCUUCACUCGCAUGGGGUACAAACACGACUGCCACCAAGUGGUCACAAUUACUGUGGAAGUGCUCGACACACUCAUCUUCUCUGUGAUACAUCAGCAUCAGUGCUUUCUAGUCUUCUGCUAGUAAUUACAAAAAGCCUACCAGUGAUAUUAAACUGUACACAAACAAGAAAGAAACAAAGUGACCUUAGAAAAUUCAGCUUGCUAAAUAUACUGUAAUGAUGCUAAUGUCCAUUUCUCUUUAUUUUUUUACUUUGUUUGCGCUGCUGGAUUAUGGCCAAGACAGACUAACAGCUUGCACCACUACAAAAGUAGCCUGUUGUAGAACUUAAACCGAUCACUUUUAUAAGUUUGAUAUUUGCAUGAGCUGCCAGCUCAAGGUUACAGCACUCGAUUUACAAUUUAAAAAAAAAAUUAAAAGUGCAUGAUAAGGUCAACUAGUACCUUGAUGUGUGCUUGCAGUGUACUAAAAAAUGGCAUGAAAAUGCAACCAAGUAGAAUUAUUUCUAUCUCUGCUAGUUUCAAAUAAACAGUUUUUCUUCGACUGCCAACUAAGUUAAAAGUUCACUGAAAAUAUGUAAGUCAAAUAACAAAAGUCUAAGUAUAUAGGCACACACACUCAUCUGAAUGGGCUUUUGUAGGAGGUGGGAUAUCCUGCCAAAUCUAAAAGAGGUACAUCUUAAUGUACAGUAGGUGAACUGAGUGGUCCAGGUGUCUGUGGGUGGAUUGCUGGCCGCAUGGACUCCAUCUGUCUGUCACCCCAGCUAAGGGUGACAGGCAGAUGAAGAGUGAGAAAAUAAAUGGAAGGAUGUGUGUGUUGUAUGAAUAUAUAUAUAUAUAUAUAUAUAUAUAUAUAUAUAUAUAUAUAUAUAUAUAUAUAUAUAUAUAUAUAUAUAUAUAUAUAUAUAUAUAUUGGAUAGAGCGAGAGAGAGAGAGCAGCUACACUGUAUAUGCAAAAGGGAAAAAGAUCAUUAUUGUCCUGCUGAAAAUAAAAACUUAAAGCAAUGGUGUUUUCACUGACACACCAAAUGAAGGCUGAAAGGCACAGAUGUUGAACUUCUAAAUUUCUUUCUAUUUUUUUCAGCAGGAAGAUAACUCUUACCUAUUUUUUCUUGUGUAUGCAUUCUGUAUAUACAGUAUAAUAUGUACAUUUAUGGAUGAAUGGGUAAUUGAAAAAUUGAAAUUCUUCUGCACAAGAGUCUAAUUCAAAGUCACAGCAUAUUCAGGUUUUUUCAGCAAACAGCCUCUUAAUCAGAAGUUAAGUGCUUUUAAUUGAAAACAGUAACACUUGCUGUGAUAUUUCUGAAUUCAGAUAGUGACAGAAUUUAGUCAGUUAGUUAAUAACUGGGCUCUGCUUAGGAUGUUGGUGACAUCUGUGAUAUUUCUGAAUUCAGAUAGUGACAGAGUUUUGUGUGUUAAGUAAUAAAUGGACUCUGCUUAGAAUUUUGGUGACAUCUGUGAUAUUUCUGAAUUCAGACGGUGACAGAAUUUAGUCAAUUAGGUAAUAACUGGACCCUGACUAGGAUGUUGGUGACAUCUGUGAUAUUUCUGAAUUCAGACGGUGACAGAAUUUAGUCUGUUAGGCAAUAACUGGACCCUGACUAGGAUGUUGGUGACAUCUGCAGAACUCUGUUAUGGAGUAGGGAGUUCCCAGUUUUAGUCCAGGAGUACCACUGUGGCUAUGGGUUUUCACUCCAACCAGUUCCACAAACUAAUGGUCCGUUCAUACUUUUUAAAUGACAGAAUUGCUUAAUUAGUCAUUCUCUUCUGUUAUUUUGAUUUCAGAAAUAUCUGCUUGCAUAGUUAUAAGAAAGCAAAAUUUAGACAUUUGCAUAUUAUGCCAGAUCUUUAAGUGUUAAUGUUCUUUUACCAUAUUUUCUUUAAUUCACCUUUCUCAGUGACCUUUGCUCCCUUAAUCCUUUUCAAAUACUGACAUCAAUCUGUGAUGAGCAGUAUGGGCACAGGUGCAAGUGACACUAUUAAGGAAAUCAGCAACUUCAGUUUAAAAUUCAUUUCUCAGCUAAUUAAUAAGAAAAUGCUUAAAUGACCAGAACAUAAAAAAGAGCAAAAUCUUUAAAAAAGUAAGAAAAAGAUCAAUAAUUAAUGUUAUACACAAAGAAAAAAAAUAGCAAGCCCAUUUUGUAAUUUCUGGAUUGAUGUAAAGGUAGAAACUGGUAAAUAAUAGCUUGUUUAAUAAAAGCAGAAGUCCAGCUAAAAGCUGAAGGUGGUCCACUGAAACUGAGGACCACUUAUUUAAGCCUUACAUUACUAUUUAGCACACAAAGAAAUGCAACAUUCAAAUAGCAGCUCUGAUUUAAUGGGCAGUGCCUUUUGCACCAGUGUCUACCCUGAUCAUCACUAACUGUCUGUAUCUGGAUAUAAUUUAAAGUGCAACCUCCACAGAGAUAAGGUAAUUGAAAUGGUAAAAGAAAGCCAAGUGUGACAAAGAAAACACAAGAGUUACCCACUGAUCUGUGGAACUGGUUUGAAUGAAAGCCUGUAGCCACAGUGGUACUCCAAGAGUGAACUUGGGAACCCCUGGUAUGGAGGAAUGCUUAGAACAUUAAAUAAAUAAAUAAAUAAAUAUGUGAAAUGUGACAAUAAACAGAAACACAAAGAUAUGUGGGCAUAAAUAAUUAAAUGUGUCCAAGUAGUUAAAUACGCCAUGAAAUAUGUUUAUGUUGCUUAUUUCUUUAUGUAUUUAUUUCUUCAUUUAUGUAUUUCCUGCGGUGGGUUGGCACCCUGCCCGGGAUUGUUUCCUGCCUUGUGCCCUGUGUUGGCUGAGAUUGGCUCCAGCAGACCCCCGUGACCCUGUGUUCGGAUUCAGCGGGUUAGAAAAUGGAUGGAUGGAUGUAUUUCAGUGGCCCUGUGCACAACAUGAAAUACACCUAGAAAUGGAAACUGUCAUUUUCACCCAUCAAGGCUGAGAGGGCGGGGCCCCAGUGAGUGCUGUGUUCUGAUUGGUGACAACUUUGCACACGCCUAUGAGCCAGAGGCGUCCCAAGGCAAGCAAAGCACAUGCUCAGAGCUGUGACUGUGCACGACUGGCACACAUGAGUUACAAGAAAAAGCUGGCCAGAAUUCCUGCGCAGAGUGGCUACUUUAACUCAAGAUCCCCUUGUGGCGUCUUCCUGAAAACGUAGCACUUGUGCACACACUAUGGAGUGUUCAUCAGUCUAAACACAGCACUUGCUAGAACCCACCCUCCUAACUUUCACAGGUGCACAUGACAGCUUUCAUUUCCAAGACUGUUUUAUGUUGCGUGCGGUGCCACCAAAACAUUAAGUGAAGCAAUAAUUGAAUAAAUGCAUAAAGAAAUAAAACAUUUCAUAAUACAAUUAAUUAUUUAUGCUCACAUAUUAAUGUAAUUGUAUUUAUUUUUUGUCACAUUCCACAGUUCAUUUAUUUAUUUUAAUUUGUCUGUACCUACUAUCACAUAUUUGUAGCAGGGUUUCUUACUUCAACCCUCUGCGUAUUGCACGUUCCAUCACAUAUUGUAUGACCUUCCCUUUAUUUCUUGAAUUUUAAGAAUAUAAAUCCUCACUCGGACUCCAGUGCCGUCAUCAUGUAAAUACUGCAGUAGUGUCUGCAAGCUGUUGGCCCAUUCUGGUCCUAAGAGCAGUCAUGAAACCCAUUGGGGAGUUUUUUGUUUCUGUCUUUACUGAGUCCCACUCAAGCUGACCUUUCAUGAUAGAGUGUAACCAUUUCUUCUAUAUUUGUAUUUACUGUUUAUAUGCAACAGAAAGUGUGUAUUUAAAAUAUAAAAUAAUUAUGUUAUUACUGAACCAGUUUUAAUAAACCCAAACAGCAAACCUCAUUAUACU